AUGGCCCCCAAUUUAAUUCCCCAAUUUAAUUCUAAGGGCCGGUUCGAAAAUACUGUUACUAGCCCUUCAACAUCUUCAACAUCUUCUCCGACUGCUGCUGCCUCCUACUGCUGGAGGAUCUACUUCCGCACGAUCUCCUUGGCCAAGGUUGGUGUUGCAAUGCUCACAGGAGCUUGUGAAAUUCGAACGGGAUGGUCGCUGAGGAUUAAGGCGCAUUUACGUAACUUGAGGAUGAUGAUGUGGUAUUCUCUCUCUUUAACACAUCUCCAUGGGUUGUGGAAUGAAUUUGCAAUCCAAAUGGUUAACUACUGGAAUACAAAAAAAGGUGAUCCAGUAGUCAUCAUCCUUCAACAUGCUAUGGUUAAGAGAUGGGGAGCAUAUGUUAACUUGCAAAAUUCGUUAUUUGCAAGUAAGUUGAUCAUAAAUGAUGAUUUAGAGGACAUCGACUCUUAUGUCAAAAGCUUGAAGGAAAAUCCUAUUCAAGUAUCAAAAUCUUAUUCGUCGAGAGAAGAUUCAUCGCGUAGAUCGAUUUCAUUGAUUGAUGACUUCCCUGCUGAGUUAGACUUCAAAUCCAUUGAUGAAUUGGAUUCAAUAAAUGAGGUUAUGUUCAUUUUCCACUACCGUAAAGUUAGUGAAGAGAAUGAGAAAUUUUGGUGUUACAGUUGUAAAGUUUUCCUCGAUGCUGUCAUUGUCCGGUUAACGUGUGCACGUACGGGUAGAAGACAAGAC